AUGUGCUCGCUAGAUUUGGAACAUAAGGAUGGCUCGGAACCGACGCUGCGGAGCCCGGUGACGGAUAGCGUUGAUCGAACCAUCAGUACGCCCGAGGCGGAGGCGUUGACGUCCAUCGACGUCCCGGAAACGGAAUGCUCGGAUGAGGAUUUGCCGACGUUUUGGACGGACAUGUGCCACAAGUUUGCGCCCGAGGAGCAAACAGAGUACGUAAACUUGCAGCUGAAUCCAGAGCGAUGGACUGGAUACAACGGAUCGCACGUUUGGCGGGCCAUUUACGAAGAGAAUUGCUUAAAGUCGGCGUCGAGCGUGGAUGAAAUGUGCUACGAAGAGCGGGUGCUGUAUCGCCUUUUGUCCGGCAUGCAUUCGAGCAUCAACAUCCACAUCGCGCUUCACUCCAAGCCUCCGAAACGCGCGCUCGGGGAAACGGAGUGGGGAAGCGAUCCCAAAAAGUUCGUGGAAAUAUUCGCCAAGCACCCAGAACGUCUGAAAAACUUGCACUUUUCUUUCGUCGUCCUCUUGAGAGCGCUUCGUAAGGCGGCCCCGGCGCUGUCGAAGAUGGACGUUCGCAUCGGUCAAGACGCCGAAGAGGACGAGCGAACGCACGCUUUGAUGAGUCGCUUGCUGGAAAGCCACAUUUUGUCGUCUUGUCGCGAUGUCUUCGGUGCUUUCGAUGAAAAGUCUCUUUUUCGCGAUGUGCAGUCGACGUUGAGUGCGAACUCGGGAAUGAUCAGCGGAGUGGGAGAAGAGCUUCUCGCGCCGGUGUCGCUGAAGAGCCAGUUCAAAGACAUCUUCUUGAACAUUAGCGAAGUCAUGGACUGCAUUUCGUGUCAAAAGUGCAAGCUUCACGGUAAACUUCAACUCUUGGGUCUUGGUUCGGCGUUGAAAGUCUUGCUCUUGCCCGAAGAUCUCUUGGAGUCUUCUUUGAACAAGCAAGAGGUGGUGGCUCUUGUGAACACCAUUGCAAAGUUUAGUCACGCCAUUCGCAAAGUGCCCGAACUCAUGAAUGCGGCGAGGCAGGACGCGUUGAAGAGCUCAGUAGAUUUGGAAAGCGUUGGUUUACAUCUGCGCGAAACUGAAGGCGGUCAAAAGGUGGAGCAGAGCCCACUGGAGGCGGCGAUUGCAGCUACCGCGAC